ACUUUUGUACCUUUCUCGCCGGGACAGAGAAGCGGGCCGGGACCAGCCGGGCCAGACCAGACUGGACCCCAGGGGCGAUGCGGCUGCUGCCGCUGCUGCGGACUGUCCUCUGGGCCGCGCUGCUCGGCUCGCGCCUGCGGGGGUGCUCCAGCCUCCGCCACGCUGUCUACUGGAACUCCACUAACCCCAGGCUGCUUCGAGGAGAUGCCGUGGUGGAGCUGGGCCUCAACGAUUACCUAGACAUCUUCUGCCCACAUUAUGAAAGCCCGGGCCCCCCGGAGGGCCCUGAAACCUUUGCUUUGUACAUGGUGGACUGGUCAGGCUACCAGGCCUGCAAGGCACAGGGGGCAAACGCCUUCCAGCGAUGGAAAUGCUCUCUGCCUUUUGCUCCCUUUGUCCCUGUUCACUUCUCCGAAAAGAUUCAGCGCUUCACACCUUUCUCCCUGGGCUUUGAGUUCUUGCCUGGAGAGACUUACUACUACAUCUCGGUGCCAACUCCGGAGAGUCCUGGCCGGUGCCUGAGACUCCAGGUGUCUGUCUGCUGCAAGGAGAUCAGGUCCGAGUCAGCCCACCCUGUUGAGAGCCCUGACGAAAGUGGUACAUCUGGGUGGCGAGGAGAGCAUGCUCCCAGCCCCCUGUCUCUCCUGCUGCUGCUGCUGCUCCCAAUACUUCGUCUCCUGCGAGUUCUGUGAGCCAAGCACACCUUCCCCGUCCCCCCAAGGAACCAGGGCCCUCUCCAAGAUCCUCUGUUGAAGGGGUUCCUGCUACCACAGCGGUGAUGCCAAGCCAGGCAGACACGAUGAAGCUUUGAUGUGCAAAGUCAGAGGGUCUGAGGUGACCCUUGUAGGUGACUGCCCCUCACCACAGGCUGGAGAGGAACUUCGAGGGAGCUGCAGACAGUACGGGGCACCCUGGAGCAUAGCUGCUUUGAUGGCUUUGUCUCCUCCCACCUGGAAGACUGGGGUUUGGUGGGAUCAAAUCCUUGAGCCACUGGGGGCCGAAGCCAAAGACCUGGGAACAGGUGGGUUCCUGGCCGAGAGCAAAGGAGAAGCCAUGACAUCUGUGCCCUCUAGGCCUCUUCCCAGGGGGCCAUUUCUCUUGUCUUCUGUGAAGACGGACUUGCCAUGAGGUUGAAUUCCAUGCUGGUUUGUAUUUUUUAUAAGUGUUUGGACCAAACCUUCAAUAAAUCACCCAUU